UCAUUGAAUUGUAUGGAACCAUUGCAUGGGAAAAGAAUUCAAAUGAGGAUUAACCUUGUUUCCUAAGAGAAAUGAGGUUCUGCUACUCAAAGGGUGGAUGGCUUCUGAUUCUUUAUGGCAAGAAAUCUAUAUUACUUUGGAAUGGGUUUUCAAAGGAUUUUAUCUCGGUUCCUGAUAUGCUCAAAGAUUGUGAUCCAUUCCAAAGUAAUAUAGAAUUCUUGGCAUAGAGAAUCAGAAGCCAUCCAUCCUUUGAGUAGUAGAUCCUCAUUUCUCUUGGGAAACGGUCAAUUCUCAUGCAAAUUCUUUUUUCCAUGCAAUGGUUUAAUACAAUUCAGUGACCCAUUAUGAGCAAAUACAAGCUAAGGGAUGGAGGAUUGUCGAGUUUAAAGCCAUCUCAAGUGGUUGUUGUCCAUUGUAUAGAAGGGAUAGCUAGCUUACAUGUCCUGUUAAGACUACAAAAGUUGCUAUAGUCAUGCUGGAUAAGAUUCCUUGAGAUCUCUUGAAGGAUCUCUACAGGAAGUUCAGAAACUCUUCCUUGUGCUCCUCUUAUUUCUUCUUUUGUAAUUGACUGUGUAAGACUUUCUCUCUCCCUUAUCUCCUUUGCACAUCAAACAAUGUAUAGCAUUCUAUGUAUAGCAAGCUAAUUAUUAUCUAUUAUUGGCAAUCAGUUAGUAUUAGUAGUAUGUUAUGAAUUGUUACUUGAAACUGACAAUAGGCAUCACCCAAUCAAGACAAUAAUUUGGCAUCAUAUUU